AUGGACAACGAACGCGUUCAAGAAAACGGAAAGCCGCAGUUGCUUUUCCAAGAGACAGACCUCGAUCGAGGAAUUAUAGGAUGGGACGGACAGAAGGAUCCUCAAAACCCCAGGAACUUUUCGCCAACGGUAAAAUGGAUCACCAUGUUCCUCGUCAGUUGCAUGAUCAUCCUGAGUUUCCUAGCAUCUUCAAUUGUCGCCCCUGCUGCAUCUCAAAUCAACGCCGAAUUUCAUAAUGACUCUGAAAUACUCUCAUCCCUGGUGACCACAAUCUAUGUGCUUGGAUAUAUGGUUGGCCCUCUUGCCUUAUCCCCACUUAGCGAAAUCUACGGCCGCCUCGCAAUAAUUCAUCCUGCGAACGUCUUCUUCACCCUAACUCAUAUCGGAUCAGCUCUUGCUCCCAACCUUGGAACGCUUCUAGCUUUUCGGACGCUCUCGGGACUAGGAGCUUCUGCAUGCCUCUCCAUUGGUGGCGGUUUAACGGCCGAUCUCUUUUACACACAUGAACGCGGUAUGGCUAGCGCUGUCCUGACUCUUGGAUCUCUGUUCGGCCCCGUCCUCGGUCCUCUCGUCGGUGGAAUCAUCACACAACGCGCAGGCUGGAGAUGGACAUUUUGGGUGCUCCUUAUUGCCUGUACAGCAAUUACUUUGACCAUGGGCUUUUUUGGACGAGAAACGCACCCAGAAGUGAUAAUUCGCCGCAAAAUGGGCUCGCUCCAAGAUAAUCUCGGGCGAACAGACCUGAAAAGCGCUUAUGAUACCGGGAAAGAUGAGAAAGCACCAAAGUCUAGUAAAGCCCUCCUCCUUCGAAGUUUCGUUCGCCCCUGGCAAAUGUUUCUAUGCACGCCGCUGAUUCCGAUCACUUGCCUCCAAGUUGGCUUCAUCUCCGGACUCCUGUACAUUCUACUUACCACAACAUCAGCCUUCUUCCAGGAAGUCUACGAUUGGUCACUCGAGGCUGCUGGGCUCGCAUAUCUCGGACUUGGAUGCGGCAGUGCCAUUGGCUUCGUCGUCUUUGCAAAAACCUCGGAUCUUGUCGUAGUCCACCUGACAAAGAAAAACGCAAACAUUUACAAACCGGAAAUGCGCCUCGUUUCAUCUUUCCUCCCUGCAAUUUGUAUACCAAUCAGCUUCUUCUGGUACGGCUGGUCGACCUAUGAACGGAAUCACUGGAUAGUUCCGAUACUUAGCCUGGCUCCUUUUGGAUUCGCUCAAUUUGGCAUGAACGCCAGUUUACAGGCGUAUAUUGUUGACGGGUCCGGUAUAUACGCUGCCUCAGCAAUGGCAUGCGUAUCUUCUGUUAGGUGCCUCUUUGGUGCAUUCAUACCACUAGCCGGACCGAGUUUGUAUGCAAGUCUCGGGCUGAAUUGGGGGAACUCUUUGCUCGGGUUUGUGAGCUUGGCUAUUGUUCCUCUUCCAAUACUGAUGUAUGUUUAUGGUGAAAAGUUGAGAGACAGGUAUCCUUUAGAUAGCGAUUGA